UGCCCGUGGUGCGCAGGCGCCGAGUGGUGGUUUGGUGGGGGCGGCAGUGCGGCCUUCACGUCGUACCUGUGAGGAGGCCUAUUCUUUUGAUCCUGUCCACCACCACCAUCACAACAGUGGUUAUAAUCUUAUGACUUGUAAAUAAAAAAGAAUCGUCAACUGUGAAUAAUGCUAAAUCCUCUAGAACUGAAGGAGGCGGCCCUUGUGUACCUUGACAGGAGCGGAGGUCUUCAAAAAUUCGUAGAUGAUUGCAAGCGAUACAAUGAAUCGAAACAAAGUUAUGCUGUGUAUCGGUUUAAUAUUUUAAUAAAUCCUUCUGAUGUUGUUGAAUUGGAUGCAGUUCUUGGAAAUCACAUUCUACACAAGCCUCUGAAAGCUGCCCAACUUUUUCAGUCAGUCUGUUUUGUUGCUGUUAAAACUCUCUCAUUAAUUGAACAGUUAAAGACAGAAACUCAGAUUAACGUUGUGCUGAAAAUAACACAUUUACCUUCUCUGCCAAGUUAUUGUUUCGAUCUUUGUGAGUUUCCAUUCGAUUACAUAUCUGAGAGAUUUUAUAAGGUGGAAGGAAUAGUAAUUGCAAUGACGACUAUAACUAAAUACACCCAAGGUGCAAGAUUCCUUUGUUCAGAUGAAACAUGCCCUUUUUCAGAAGGCUUUCAAUAUAUAAGAGUACAUGUUCCUGGUGCCACAGAAUCAGCAACAGUGAGAAAUGAUUUCUUUUGUAAACUGUGUGCUUCACCACUUCAAGAAGACAGAAAAUUUAGAGUACUUGGUGAUAAACAGAUAGUUGAAAUAAUUGCUGCAAAAGCCCUUUCUGCUCUUAAAGGAUAUUCUAAUCAACCAUCCAGGUUUCAGUCUCUCUCAGUUUUCCUAAGAGAUGAAUUAUCCAAUAAAAUGAAAAUAGGAAACAAGUACGGAAUUAUAGGAAUUCCAAUUUGUGUAAAAGCCUGUUCACAAGCAGCUAUUUGUAUAGAGGCCAACAGCAUACAUUUGUGUAGAACAAGAGAUCCUUCUGAUAUUGGUGAUAAGUUUAAGAAUCUACUGUCCAUGACUUCAAACUCAUGUUGGAAGUUUACAGCUAUACUUGCCAACUUCUUUGCAUCACAAAUUGUUCCACCAGGGGUUUACACUACACUCAAACUCUGUUUGUUGAUGAGUCUAGUACAGACCAGUGAUAAAGACAACGAAGCCCCCAAUUACCUGGAUAUUUUAAUUAUGACUAGUGACCAACUACUGGUAGACAGGCUUCUGAAUUUCGGUGUGUGUCUUGUGCCCCGUGGUAUACGUCACCCAGCUGGUAGUGAAAUUUUCCCCACUGUGUCCAAAGAUAAGUAUGGGACUGGGGCUGCCAACAUUCAAGCUUGCAGUGCUCUCCUUGCCAAAGGUGGAGUUUGCUUUAUAGGAGAUUUGUCUUCAUAUAAAAAAGAUAAACUGGAUCUGCUUCAGUCAGUUUUAGAGAGCAGAACCAUUACAAUGUACAUCCCUGGAAAGAAGUGUGGAGGAGUUGAUCAACAGAUUAACAUUCCAAUUCAGACUAGUUUCUGGUCAUUUAUUGAUUUGGACUCAUCUUCAAAGAGACAUGUGUAUAAGAAUAGCAAUCUCAUUGGGCAGAUGGAUUUCAGUAUGGUUCCGUCCAACCUUAUGGAUUCAUUCGGGCUGCUGAUUCACUGCAAUGAAUCAUCUCCUUCCCAUCCGGUUCUUCCUUCUGUGGAGCACUGUUUAAAGAAAGCCAUUGAUCUGGAAAGCAUUUCAUGGACAGACUCCCAACAAUUCACAGCCCAAGAUUUUGAAAAGCUAAUUGCUUUUGCAAGGAAUUUACAUGUUGAACUCAGUCUGGAAGCUAAAAACACAAUUAAUGGCUAUUACCUAGCAAGUCGCAGGACCAGAACAGAUUCUGUACAUGGAUCAAAACUAACAGCAUCAGCAUUAAAACAUCUGGUUGCUUUAUCUGAAGCUCAUGCUAAACUGAGUUUAAGGAAAUCGGUGCUUAAAGAAGAUGUUUUAAUUGCUAUCUUAUUAUUUGAAACAUCGCUUACAUUGAAAUAUGGAACUUCUGUGUUUUGUACAGCUCCAAAUGCAGCAUUUCCAUUUGAGUUGAAUAAUGCCAAGUGUUUACAGCAAAGGGAUGUUUACUUGCUGCAAUGCCAUCAGCAGCUCCAGCAGUUUAUUGCUACAUAUGGAUCAGGAGUCCUGGUUUCAUCUAAUGAAGAAUAAGCUAUUUUGAGGUGGUGAGGGAUUUUUUAAAGUUUAAUUUUUCCUCAGUUGGUAUGAGAAAAGUGAUUUUAUUCAAAGAAAUGAUUGAAAUUGUUUGCAAUUGUAAAUGAACACUUGACUAAGCCCACAUCACCCAUAUUUAGAUAUGCUUAUUCACAGACCAGCCAUGCCAGUAAUCCUGCUGUAGUACCCCACGGGAAACUGAUGGGUUCAGCAGAAUGUUACAUGAAAUAGGUCAUGUGAAUUCAGUGUUAAACUUCCAAAAACCCUGACAUUGUUCCUAAUAAAUUUUUUUAGUCCUAUCAA